CUGCUGCACUCCCUCCUCCCCAGGCAAUCCGAGCACCCCUCCCUCCCUAUCUCUCUCCACCCCUCUCACUUUCGUAAAGGGGUGAAGACCAGGGGGACGGAUGGCUCCUCUCUACUCCGCUGAGGACGUGCGAGUGCUGAGAGCAUCCGUCAUGUGGAUUUGAGUCCCUCCUCCUUUCCUUCCCCUGCCUCUCUCACUCCUCCAUCCCCCCUCCUCUUCAUCCCCUCCCUCUCCUUCUUUGCUUUUAUUCUCCAUGUAGCUCUGGACCUGCACAAUCUUCCAGCUCAGCUGAGAUGGAGACCACCCAGAGAGGGCUCAGCGUUGCCCACCGCGGCCAGGGGGAGAGAGGGGUAGAGCGGACUGGCUAGUCAGAGGGGGGUCCUUCACUGGCCCACCCUAUACCCUCUCAAGGGCAUUACUCUGGAUAGGAAACAGGACAGGUCUUAAGGCUUAGCGCUUUCAGCAAGGAAUGACACUUCUGCUUGUUGGACUUCUCCAAUAUUUUAGCACUGUUACUUUCUGAAUCCUGAUUAUGGAGUUUGUACAAAUGUGGUUUUCCCUACUCUGGAUUUGAAUCUGGAUCUAAUCGCCAUCUGGAGUGCCUGAGUUUUUACAGCCAUAACUCGAACGCAUGGAUGUCUUUGGUUUCGCAAAGAUGGCAAAGCUGUCAGGCCACAAGACCAAAUCAUCGGGCUGGCCUCCCCCCUCUGGAUCCUGGGGCUCCCUACCGGGACCCCCCUAUGGCUGGGACAUGGGCUCUUCCAGGGACGGCCGAGACUACUUCAGCAACCACGUGUCCCAGAGCAGCUCCCUGGAGGAGGUGCACCGUCUGGAUGGGGUGCAGCUGGUGCCCCCUGACCCCCGGCUGGUGGAGAUGAGACGGGACCCCGUCCUGGGGUUCGGCUUCGUGGCCGGGAGCGAGAAACCGGUGGUGGUCCGCUCCGUCACGCCUGGAGGUCCCUCGGAGGGAAAGCUGAUCCCAGGAGAUGAGAUCAUCAUGAUCAACGAUGAGGCAGUCAGCUCAGCACCCAGGGAACGCGUCAUCGACCUCGUCAGAAACUGUAAGGAGUCCAUUAUGUUGACUGUUGUCCAGCCGUACCCUUCGCCCAAAUCAGCGUUCAUCAGUGCAGCCAAAAAAGCCAAGCUCAAGUCCAAUCCGGUCAAAGUGCGCUUCGCAGAAGAGGUCAUCAUUAACGGUCAGGUUCCGAACACAGUGAAGGACAACUCUCUCCUCUUCAUGCAGAACGUUCUGAAGGUGUACCUGGAGAACGGGCAGACCAAGUCGUUCCGGUUCGACUGCAGCACAUCCAUCAAGGAUGUUAUCAUGACCCUACAAGAGAAGCUGUCCAUCAAGUGCAUCGAGCACUUCUCCCUGAUGCUGGAACAGCGGACAGAGGGAUCGGGCAGCAAGCUGCUACUGUUGCAUGAACAGGAGAUGCUAACUCAGGUGACACAGAGGCCGGGGUCUGAUAAGAUGAAAUGUUUCUUCAGAAUCAGCUUCGUCCCCAAGGACCCGGUGGAUCUGCUCAGACGGGAUGCCGUGGCGUUUGAAUACCUCUACGUUCAGAGCUGUAACGAUGUGGUUCUGGAGCGCUUUGGCUCGGAGCUGAAGUACGACGCCGCACUCCGAUUGGCCGCCCUGCAGAUGUACGUCCUCACUAUGACGACCAGGCAGACGCAGAAGGUCUCGCUCAAAUACAUCCAGAAGGAGUGGGGUCUGGCCCUUUUCAUCCCACCAGCAGUGAUGACCAGCAUGAAGGAGAAGAACAUCAAGAAAGCACUGACGCACAUCCUCAAAACCAAUCAGAACCUAGUGCCUCCAGGAAAAAAGUUGACUGUGUUGCAGGCAAAGGUGCACUACUUGAAGUAUCUCAGUGACCUGAGGUUGUAUGGAGGGAGAGUGUUCAAGUCCAUACUUUUGCAAGGGGAGAAGCAGACAGAGGUGACCUUGCUAGUGGGGCCCAGGUACGGCAUCAGUCACGUGAUCAACACCAAGACCAACCUGAUGGCCCUGCUGGCAGACUUCAGCCACGUGAACCGCAUCGAGAUCCUCACAGAGGAUGAUAUCAACGUCCGCGUGGAGCUACACGUCAUGGAUGUCAGGCCCAUCACGUUGAUAAUGGAGUCUAGUGAUGCCAUGAACCUGGCGUGUCUGACAGCAGGGUACUAUCGACUCCUAGUGGACUCUAGGAGAUCUAUCUUCAACAUGGCCCACUGCAACAGCAUUGCUGAAGAAAUGGAUCAGGACAAUCUUCUGGAGUGGCCGUACAGCACUUCGUUAGGCAACUGUGAGGACCCCAAUGCUGCUGGCCAGGACGAGCAUUACAGCAGUGACAUGGACUUCUCUAACAAUGGAGGGAGAGAGAACAACAUCUCUCCCUACGUCCCCGAGCCCCAACACCAUACCCUAACCCUGCAGCAGAACGAGAGGCCUUCGGAGGGGUGGAGGAGUCCCCAGCCCCCACCUCUCCCCCCCGCCAGAAACAAACCCCAAGACUCCCCCCGGAGCGCCAAGGUCUCCUUCAUCUUCGGAGACCCCCCUUUGAACACUGUGAACCCCAAGAACUUAGGCUACGAGCGCCUGAUGGAUGAUAGUCCCGAGGUGCCCGAGAACAGGCCCAUAGCCUACUUGCACAACGUCAACAACACAGGAGACUUCAGGACCCAGGUGCCCGUGCCCUUCCAGUUCGCCGACUGCAGUUCGCAUGUGGUCUACAGCAACAUCGGUGAGGAGCUGGUGGAGGAACCGCUGCUAAGGGACCUUUGUUAUGCAGACACCACGGACGACGCCGAGGAUGAGGACGACGCCAGCUGUGAGGAAGACUCUACCGGGGGAGGAGGGGGGGAGGAUGGCGGCAAAGGUGGAGGGGGCGGCACGAUGGCGGCAAGCAAAGCCACGUUCCUCACCCUCUCGGGCUCCAGCGAUGACAUCAUCGACCUAACCUCACUUCCCCCCCCCGAGGGGGGCGAUGACGACGAUGAUGAUACUGACGGCGUCCUCCAUUCGCUAAAUCUCGCCAUUGCCGCCCCGCCCCCGGGGUUUAGAGACAGUUCUGAUGAGGAGAGCCCCGAGGGUCGCCCUUUGGCCACUGCCGACAACGAUGACAUGCCCGUGUCGCUGAUCGACGCUGUCCCCACGGGGUCGCAUGGCGAGGGGAGCGGCGGUGAAAGGAGGCUGGAGGAUGCCAUGGUGACAACCCUGCAGGCACUGGAAGCCCUGACCGUGUCCGAGGAGAGGCCACACCCACCACGCCCACAGCGACCACAGCCCAACAGUAACCCAGGUGUGCAUAUAUCUCGAGCUUUCAGUCCUGAGUCUUCCUCUGACUCGGGCAACGAGACCAACUCCUCAGAGAUGACCGAGACCAUGGAGCAGGCCGCCGCCCACAAACUCAUCCACGAGAACCACAGGCGCCUCCUUAUCGCCACCUCCGAGGGCUACCAGCCUCUGACGGAGGAAAAGACAGACUUCCCCGUCUCGCCCAGAGUGGCCACCCAAAAGAAAGCCCACAGCCCCUCCCACCAUCGAGACAGCGAGCCGCCGUCGUCCGCCACGCUCCCUAAACAGACCCUCCAUCCAGAUGACAUAGAGCUGGAUCCAGAAACCACCGAUUCUCUGACUAACCUCUCCUCCGGCUUCAGCAAGCGACCUAACUCCAUGGUUGUUGGAGGGAAACGGCUAAAAAAGUUGGCCGACACCAACGGGAAGUUCAACACGUUCAGUACCAGAGACGGCCACAGGGGGAGCCAGCUGGAUGUGGAGCGUACCUCGUUCUGCGAGAGGUUGCAGAGAAGGCCGCCUCUUCCUUUACCAGAGAAUUCCAUCUCCAUCAUGGCGGAGAACCUGGCGGUGAACAGCCUGGCGAGGAGUCACCGCAGGCUGCCGUGCCCCCCUCCCCCACAUCCUGAACAGACAGAGCCUGAGGAGGAACUUGGGGAGGCUGCAGGGGGGGACACUGGGGCGAUGGGAGGCCAGGAGGAAGAGUACCUGGGGGGAGUGGCAGGUAUUUUCCCCUCCUCCCCUACCAAGAAGCCCCGGGACCCCCCCGGUGGGCAGGGAGAUGCCCCAGGGGAGCAGCUGCAGCAAGUGAGGCAAGGAGUUGCCCGGCUGUGUGAAUACCACCUAGCCAAACGGAUCUCGUCCCUCCAGAACGAGGCCCACAACUCCCUGCAAGGCUCCCAGUGCUCAUCACUGGACGCGGGCUGCAGCACGGGGAGCAGCGCCUGUGGCACCCCAACGGAUUCGCCCCUCUGUGCCCCUGACGGCAACCACCAUCCUCUCUCUGAAUCUUCCACGUCCCUCAGGGUUUUCACCUAUGAGGACAAGGCUCCCCACGGCACCCCGGGCCAGAUCCCUGGGGGCAGGGACCUCCACCCCCAAGCAGACACCACACUCCUGCGGAAGAUGCUGCCCAACAUACACCCUCCUGGGUCAGACACCAGCAGAGAGGGUUCCCUCCGGUCGGCCAAGAUGAAAGAAACCACAGGUAGUACAGCUAGAAGGAGUAACCUUCAAAAUGAUCUGCAUGCCAAGACAGCCUGUGUAAGGGGUGCUAACCCCAAGGAGGGGAAUGAGUCCUAUAGGCAGCUCAUUAACUACCUGACAGUGAGCCAGAUGCACCAGGGAGGCAGGUUGCACAGUGCAGGCUUGGGAGGGGGAGUCAGGAAGGACACUAGGAGAUAUAUUACCAGUAAUCCCCAACUGAUAGAGAUGGUUAGGAGUAAAGGGAACACCAUUCACCGCUAUCCCUGCAUGCCCUCCUUGUCCUCCUCACCCUUCCUCAGCCAGAGUCUAGUGAACCCCAAUGCAGCCACCUCACGGGGUGACAAAGGCUCCCGACCUUAUCACUCCGCCACGCUGCCCACUAAAUUGAAGAGCAAUCCUGACUUGCAUGCUCAGAGACCCGCUGACAGUCUUGAAGUAAGGCCCAGUGGCACAGAGAGGAGGAGCUCCUUUUCGGGCCUUGAGAGUGAGUUAGAGAGGGGCGCCAUUGACCCUGAGGUCGAGCGGUUCCUGUCCCUGAGGGACAGCAUCCAUGGAGGGGGUGGGGGCAUGGUCCACAGGCCCCCCUCCAGAGCGCGGAGUGUGAUGUCCCAAAGCGGUGCCAGCAUCUGUGGCCCAGAGGACUGGCUCAGGUCUGACUGCAGGACAAAGCAUGCCGUCCGACAGGCUCUUAACGAUUCUCUCUGUUUCUCUACUGCCCCUAGUGUAGCUCGCACAGAGCAGCUGGGGACGUCACUGGGAGCGGAAGCAGGAGAUCACCCAUCAGCUUUCACUAAGCAGGCCAAAGCCUGUGCCACGGCUCCACCCCCUCCUCCUCCUCCACCACCUCCACCACCUCCCCUACCAGCCAACAUGAGCACCCACAACUCCACUGUGCCAAAGCAGGAGUCCACCGUCACAUACAGACAAAACCACAUCCAGUCAGUCACAGCCAGCCUCCACCACCAGUGCGAGCCCAAUAUGAACAGCCUCCAGCGGGGCAGGGACUCCAGUAUGAACAGCCUCCACCUGGGCAGGGAGCCCAGCACCAACAGCCUCCACCUGGGUAGGGAGCCCAGCACCAACAGCCUGCAGCGGGGCAGGGAGCUCAGGCGGAGCACCAGUAAUGUAACUGCGGGCUCCGGGAGUGUGGAGGUGCUCUUUGACAAAGGCAGAACCAAGUGCCAGCAACAGCAAGCACAAGUUGACCCCAAACUACAAAGGAGACCAACAAGGAAGAGGCUGUCGAAGAGCUACUCGCAGGGCUCGGUAGCGUCCACCUGCUGGUCGGCUGGGGGCAGAGACAGCCGGAGGGCCUCAGUGAUGUUCCCCCUGCUUAAGGACACCAAGCACAUGAAGGGCUCGCAGAAGCUGGACUCGGGCAGCCCCUGGAGGUGCCACGGUCCCUUCAGCUACUGCUUCUUCAAGAGGAAGAGCCAGGCGGAGGAGGAUGAGGUAGAGGGGGGCGAGAGGGACGAGAGGGACGAGAGGGGCGAGAGGUCCAGGCGCUGCCGUGGCGGGGAAAUGGAGGAAGCAGUGUCUAUCUAUGGCCCGGCCACGGACGCAGCAGGCGACCAGCUCUACAGCGAGGUCCUGACCAACAUGAGCUUCAGCGACCGGCUGUCGCGCAUCAACACGCUCAAAGACCGCAUGUACGUCUUCCCCGUUGGCUUCUCGGAUGUACACCGCGACGCCAGCGAGCUCAUCGCCCUAGUGCGCUCAAGCGUAGGCAGGGGGGACCGCAGCGGCCAGGUGCCACAGAUCACAGCAGACCUGUCCCAAUACAAGCAGCUGCUAUCCAUCGAGUCUAAAGAGCUGGGGAGGGCAUGUCGCAGGAUGGCCCAGGCCCACGGCAGCCCAGAGGAGAUGCUGCUGGCCAUCACCUGCAGUUUCCAGGUGCUGUGCUGCCUGUCUGAGGCCUGCAUGUGCCUGGUGAGGGGCCUGGGGGCAUCAGCCGCCCAACAGCAGAGGGAGGUGGUGGCCAAGGUGGACGAGCUGGUCAUGAACUACAUCUGCCUGCUGCGCGCAGCCGAGGCGGCGUCCAUCGGAGCGCCCAGCGACCACAGCGUCAAUGCCCUGGUCCGCCACUCUAGUACCAUGUCAGCCAUCGCCAACGCACUCACCCGCUCCCUCAAAACGCUGCUUAGCAAGUAGUAGGACGCCCAGCCGGCGGCACCGUCUUUUAGUGUUAUGUACAUUAUACAAAGCCAUACAAGUCCAGACCUUUGUAAUAAGAACUGAUGUUAUUAUAGACACCCUUCUUCCUGUGUACAAUUUAUUUUCCAUGUAAAUAAUGUACAUACAGUACAUAUGAUACACUAUAUGAAUAUAUAAAUUACUAAAGACAUUUUGAGAGGUCAUUGGGAAGACAUGUACUCUUUAAUGUGAUAUUGACGAUGCAGUUAUAGGUUGCAAUGUGGAGAGGAUUGAUGUACCGUAGCACUGAAAUUGCACUGCAUUUAACACUCCUUAGUGUAAUUUCUAAAUUAUUUUGACAUAUUUUUUAAAACAAAUACAGAGGACAUAAAAUUAUAAUGAAAAGACAUGAAAUAUGUAAGCAAGUAUCUUAUUAAAGCGCUUUUAAGUCGA